AAUUUAAAUAAAAAAAUUCCUGAAUUCUCACCGAUGCGAGUUUUAAUUUGGUGUCUAAUUUUCUUUUGGUUUCCUAUUAUGUAGAAGAAGCCUUGAAAAUGGAAAGAGCCGCAGAAGAUAAUGGAAAACGCAUCGCAGCUGAACUGGAAUUGCUGACAUCUUCCAACGAACCCACAGUAUCCAGGAAGAGUAGCAUUUUCAGAAUCCCAAACAUUCUCUCCAAGCAUAACAAGGAGGCUUAUCUUCCUCAUGCAUUCUCCUUUGGGCCUUGGCACCAUGACGAAUGCAAUCUUCAACCCACACAAGGGCUGAAAGUCAACUAUCUUAAUGGUCUCCUCGAUCGUUUUCCAGAUCGAAGUGCAAAGCUGCUAGAGUUGGUCUGUGCUGUCCGUAAUAAAAAUGAUCUAGCUCGUCAGUCUUACGCUGGAAAGAUUAGUUUCAGUGAUGAUGAAUUAGUGAAGAUUUUGGUGCUUGAUGGUUGCUUUAUCACUGAGUUGUUUCUCAAGUAUUCCAACGCCGAAAGUAGAGAUCCACAUGAUCCUAUAUUCACCAAGCCCUGGAUGCUCCAGUCUCUUUACCUUGACUUGAUUUUACUGGAAAACCAAAUACCUUGGUUUGUGCUGCAGGAUAUUUUCAACCUUACCAAUGAGAGAACAAGAGAACCAAAUGUUGAGCUCCAUCAACUUGCCAUUCGUUUCUUGAGUAAGAUUUUCUCCCAUGAUGAUCUUCCUGGAGCAAAUGAAUUUUGUCCCAGCGAUAUCUUGCAUGUUAUUGAUCUGUUAUGGAAAUAUCUGCGAGCAAAUUCUUCACAAAGCGGACGGGAAGAGUCAUCAAGUUGCGAGAGAACGGAGGAACCUACAGAGGCAUCCAGUUGCGAGAAAAUGGAGGAACCUACAGAAGCAAAAACGCAUCUGCCUUCUGCCAGUAUACUUAGCGAGGCCGGGAUCAAAUUCAAGAGACGCAAAUCAAGAUGCAUCUUGGAUAUUAAAUAUCGUUCUGGAGUUGUUGAACUCCCAUCUCUAUCAAUUCAUUACGCCACUGAAACGAUCUUAAGCAACCUCAUUGCCUUUGAGCAGUGUUGCUCUGGGCUUCCUUCUAUAUUCACCUCUUAUGCCAAAUUUAUGAAUAAUCUCAUCAGCAGUGUCAAUGAUUUUCACAUACUAUGUAGCAAUGGCAUUAUUUCUAACUCAGUAUUGAGUCCACAGGAUGCCGCCAAGUUCUUCAACAAGAUAUGCGACGAUGUUCCUGUCACUCACUUCCAUUAUGACGACAUGUGCAAGAAAGUGAACAGUUAUUACCAAAAGAGGUUGAUGAUAUUGCGGAUGGGUAAGUGUUGCUGCUGCUUCUUGAAGACUCUCUGUUGUUGCUGCAAGAUACUGGUUAGGCUGUCCGAAUGACUGAAUAAGCUUUUCAAUUUGUGGUGCCAGCAUAGUGGCAUAUGUACGUGAUUUCUUCCCGUUCCAUCUUUGUUCUCAGAAAAAAAAAAAAGUUUGUGGUGUUGGUUUGUCUUUGGAAGAAUGAAAUUAAGGAAUGUCU